ACGCCUGAUAACAGGAGCUGUAGGCUAAUAGAUUAAUAGCUAGUCGACAUUUCAGACACAAAAUUAAGGAAAAGUGUGAAUAAAGGAGUAAAACCAUGUCGGAGGUGAAAGUGAAAAAGGAGAAGAACGUGUCGGACCCGGUGGAGGUUGAAAACAGGAUCCGAGAGCUGUGUCAGCAGUUUCCACAUGGCAUCACAGACCAGGUGAUCCAGAACGACAUGCCUCACCUGGAACCUCAGCAGAGGGCGGCUGCCAUUAACAAGCUGCUGUCACUGGGUCAGCUGGACCUGCUGAGGAACAGCUCAGGCCUGUUGUACAGAAUGAAAGAUGCUCAGAGCGCCAGUAAGAUGAAGGGCUCUGACAACCAGGAGAAGCUGGUUUACCAGAUCAUCGAAGAUGCCGGAAACAAAGGAAUUUGGAGCAGAGACAUCAGGUUUAAGAGUAACCUCCCUCUGACGGAGAUCAACAAAAUCCUGAAGAACCUGGAGAGCAAGAAACUCAUCAAGGCUGUGAAGUCUGUGGCUGCGUCGAAGAAGAAGGUGUACAUGUUGUACAACUUGCAGCCGGACCGCUCAGUGACCGGCGGCGCCUGGUACAGUGACCAGGACUUUGAGUCUGAGUUUGUUGAAGUUCUGAACCAGCAGUGCUUCAAGUUCCUGCAGACCAAGGCGGACAUGUCAAGGGACAGUAAACAGAGUCCGAUGGUGCAGAGAAACAGCUCUUUCGCCACCUCACACGAAGUCUGGAAGUACAUCUGUGAGCUAGGCAUCAGCAAGGUGGAUCUGUCCAUGGAUGACAUCGAGACCAUCUUGAACACGCUGAUCUACGACGGGAAGGUGGAGAUGACUGUGAUUGCGGCCAAAGAGGGGACAGUGGGCAGUGUGGACGGACAGAUGAAGCUGUAUCGUGGCGUCAACCCAGUCAUCCAACCCACCGGCCUUGUAAAGACACCCUGCGGACUCUGUCCGGUGUUUGAUGACUGUCAUGAAGGAGGUGAGAUCUCUCCGUCCAACUGCAUCUACAUGACUGAGUGGUUGGAUUUCUGACUGAAGCUCCUCAUUGUCUCUUUUCUCUAUGAUGAAAAGGAUUUAUUUUGCAAAUAGUUCUGCUUUUUUCUGUAUUUAUAAGAAAGUUUAAUAAAUGUGUGAAUGACAAAUAGAGGUCUGAAACAUGUUUACUGUCAGUAUUUCACCUGGACCUUCAGUCUAUGUAGGUGUUUGUUCUUAGUGUUUUGCUUUUCACUUUUCUCCACUUAUUUUCAGUGCUGAUGGAUCAUUUCUCCUCAGAUAUUUUUGAGGUUCACUUAGUGUUUGGUGUGAAGGUGAAUGUGUUAGAGUAGGACACUGUAACAUUCACAGAAUUAAUACAAGUGACUGAUGGAAAUGUGCAUGAAAGGACUUGUUCCUGGUUCAUUAUUUUCUCUAAACUCCUGAUGUGAAAGAUGGUGAAGUUCUGUUGCAAGUGUUUGUACAAGGUCAGACUGAACAGAACAAAGUGAAGUGGAUCAA